GGCGGCGGUGGAGGCGGCCGCGGCGGCGAAGGAGGCGGCGGAGGCGGCUGAGGAGGAAGAGGAGUGGCGGCAGUGGCGGCGGGGACCUGUGCGGGGAUGGCGGAGGUACCGCCUGGGCCUAGCAGCCUCCUCCCACCGCCGGCACCUCCGGCCUCGGCGGCCGAGCCCCGCUGCCCCUUCCCGGCGGGGGCCGCCCUCGCCUGCUGCAGCGAGGACGACGAGGACGACGAGGCCCGCUGCCCGCCGCCGCCGCAGGAGCAGCCGCAGCUCAACGGAUUGAUCAGCCCCGAACUGCGGCACCUCCGGGCGGCCGCCUCCCUCAAGAGCAAGGUUUUGAGUGCGGCGGAGGCGGCCACGACCGCGGCCGCCCCCGACGGGGGCCCCAGAGCGACUGCCACAAAAGGAGCCGGAGUACACUCGGGCGAGAGCCCCCCUCGCUGCCUCCCCAGCGGCGCAAGGACUGCGCUCCCCGUCCCGGCGGCGGCGGCGGCGAGCGAUCCCGCGGCGGCCCGCAAUGGACUGGCGGGGGGCGCCGAGCGGGAGGAGGACGACGAGCAGGUGCGGCUGCUGUCUUCGUCCCUGACCGCCGGCUGCAGUUUAAGAAGCCUCUCGGGCAGGGAGGCUGAGCCUGGGCAGGAUCGGACGAUACGUUAUGUCCGAUAUGAAUCCGAGCUACAAAUGCCCGAUAUCAUGAGACUGAUCACCAAAGAUCUGUCUGAACCCUACUCCAUUUAUACCUAUAGAUAUUUUAUCCACAACUGGCCACAGCUGUGCUUCUUGGCCAUGGUAGGGGAGGAGUGUGUAGGUGCCAUCGUUUGCAAGUUGGAUAUGCACAAAAAGAUGUUCCGCAGAGGUUAUAUAGCCAUGUUAGCUGUGGAUUCCAAAUACAGGAGAAAUGGCAUUGGUACUAACUUGGUUAAGAAAGCUAUAUAUGCCAUGGUUGAAGGAGACUGUGAUGAGGUUGUUUUGGAAACAGAAAUAACGAAUAAGUCUGCUUUGAAACUUUAUGAAAAUCUUGGUUUUGUUCGAGAUAAGAGGCUGUUCAGAUACUAUUUAAAUGGAGUUGAUGCACUGCGACUUAAAUUGUGGCUACGUUGAGAAACUGACAUCAAGGAACAGCUGUCCAACCACGCAGAAUUGACCUUUGCAUGCAAUGCAAUUUGUACAGAAUUGCUUUGCAGGUGGAUUUAGUAAUUUCCAUGCAGCUCUUAUCUGUCAGUGUCUCAUUGAGUGUCGCACAAUAUUUGUUGCACUUUGGCAUGGCACAUUUGUUCUGAAUUAAAAGAGAUUGUUUUAAACUUAAAGAGUUCUUUUGGUACCAACAAAAUGUGCCAGUUGAUAGCCAAGAUUUGUUUGUUCAUUUGCAAAGUCUGCUGACAAUGUUAUUUACAUAGUGAUUAUUUUAUCACAGAACCAGUAAGUAAGUGGAACAUGAUUUUUGUUCCUUAAAGCCAACGUAGAUUGUAAAAUUCUCUAAGUAUGCUAACAUUUCACAUGAAACCUGCCAUAGUUUUCUGAAGGGGAUGAGGGAAAGCUUCAAUUUUAGGUUUUAUUUUUCCAAUAUUAAAUUUUCCAUUCUUGAGUAUUGGUACCUCAGUGAUUAGUGAAUGAAUAAGAUGUUAUGUAGGGUUGGGUGUGUCUUACAAUGAGUAAAGAUAACAAUUAAAUUGCGUCUGCCAGUGCCUGUGUAGAUAAGUAUAUUUGUCUUCAUCUCUAGUUUUUGAAUGCAUGCUGUCUUUUCCUUUUCUUUAAGGCCUUUGCAAGCAAACUUUUGUUUUUAUUUAAAUUCUAAAUUUGAUAAUAAAUUAUUUCAGAUUUUUAUAAUUUGGAUACUUUUUCCAGGUGAGUGACAGAAUGGUUUACUUUAGAAGUCCCUUCUUUCCUUACAGUAAGAAGUUGAAUCUACUUGGAAAAUCUUUGAGAAAUGGCUCAAAAGGGGUGAGAAAAGUUGAUGGAGCCGGGAAUUGCUGGGUUUUGGAUGCACUUUUUUUUUGUGAGGGAAUUUUUGGGAAAGAAUAGAAAAUUAAUGUAAAUUGGUAUGAUUUUAUUUAAUCAGAAUUAUUGCUAAGCUGUGAAGAACAGCUUUUACAAAGUAGUUGGACCUUUUUUCCCCACUUGAUUUGGAUUCACAUUGCUUCCAUUUCUUAAAAUGUUUCACUUUUGGUUCUUGGUCUUGGAAAUAAAUUUCAAGAUGUAUUCUAUCCAUCUUAAACUGAUUUUAUUUUCUUUUCACUUAUUUGAGCAAAUUCUUGGGGGAGCUUUGCUUAGUUCCCAGAAAAACAAAAAGGAGAAAUGGAAAUUUUUUUAGGAAUAAGUUCUAUGGGUUUUCUUAAUUGCCAUCACCAUGUUCAUUAGUUACAUUGUGUUUUGGCCAGUCUGUGCAAUGUAAUAAAUUUUAAAGUCAAUUGCUUUCAGUUGAGUCAGGAAGCCUGUGAUGGAUAAUUUAUUUAACUGGAAAACCUAGGUACCCAUAAAAUUCAUUCUCUGUGAAAAAUGUUUUGUAGGAAUCUAUGUGAUGUUUUCUUUAAUUUGGAUAUGCUUUACUUCUGCUCUAGGAUUUGGUUUGAAAUUUAUUUUAUGGCUAUAAUUACUGUAUUUUAAAAAACCCUACCUCCAUUAACAGUUGGUAAAAGCCCCCUUUCAGGAAAGUUUGUUGCCUUUUUUUUUUUCUUUUUUUAAAGGAAAGCUGCUCCUUGCUCAGUGUAGUGUCUUGAAAGUGAACGUGGUAACAAGUACCUUCAAAAUAAAGAUAUACAAAUUUGGUGAAAAUAAAAUCUUCCUGCUGGUGGGAUCAUUUAUAUUUAUAGUUCCUUAUUUUUAAAGAAAACUUUUUCUUUUCAUUUUAUAGUGCUCUUAAAAGUUUAAUGGGCAGAAUACUGGUUACAUUAAAAAUAUGAUGAGCACACAGUAUUCAGCAUGAUAUUCAGUAUGUUUUUGGUCAAACUUCAUUUGGGCUUUAGCAUUUAGAGGAAUACCAGUCAUAGUGAUGCUUCAGUUAUUUUUAAUAUGGAGGGAACCGAACUAAAUAAAACAGUUCAGUACUUACGUUAUCAAAUUUUAUGUCACCACUUUAUAGUUGACUUGCUGGUUCAUAGGUAAUGAUUGUUGAUGAACAUUCGUUUGCUUGACUCAUUAAUGGGGACAAGUCCUAGAGUAGAUACAUGCUAGAUUUGCAGUUCAACCAUGACGUUUUUGGCAGGUUGUCAAUGAAACCAUCACUACUGACCUCUUCCCCCAAAUUGACCAAGUUUUGCUGAAUCUACUGGGUGUUUGUAAACAUGACCUUACCCAUGUGACUAAAAAGUCAAAUAGUUGCUGUAUUGUUCAGCUGGAAUGUGUUGAAUAUCAUUGUCUACCUUAUGUCUUUAAUUGGGUAUGCAAAAUUUUAAUCUCGAGCAUGAUAACCCAGCACCAAAAUUGUCUCUGUUCUAGUUGAAGGAGCAUCAGACAUUAAUUUAUAUUUUGAUAUUGGGCUUUCAUUUUUCUUAUGUAAUCUUAAAACAAUUCCAUUUAAAAUUGAUAGAGUAGGUUCACUUGGCUAAAACUGAGCAAAAUUGGUGCAACUUUCUUUUAAUGGGGUGCUGCCUCUUUAAGACUGACUGUACUAUCCACUGACACUGGUUUGGCAGUGGUACUGCUGAACAUUUUUAUACAUGCUACCAUGAAGCUAUCUAUAUAUGUUAGUAUUGAAGAAGCUAACGGGUAUACUACCAUUUUUGAUCUUUGGGCUGAUUCCCUUACGUUAGGAUGAAACUACUCUAGAGAAGUCCACAGGUCAAAAACCAGACAGUAGUUGUUGAAGUUGAAGCCAGCAAAA